AUGGAAACUAUGUCACCUCAGCAGCAAGAAAACAUGACUCAGGUUCGCUCCGCGUCACUGACAGGAGAAUCGAAAAUAUAUUCAAAUGUGGAUAAUAAGAGGAGGAUGAAGAGCAUGUCUCAUCGGCGGCAGUCUGCUCCCUCUCUGGUUAUCAGCAAAGCACUUACAAGAUCCAGAACCUUGUCCAGGGAAAACUGCCUGUCUCCUGUCAGCCCAGAGACUUGUCUCCUGGUGCAGUCCUAUCUGAGUCCCACAAGAUCCUUCAUCACCCAUGCCUACGUCCAGCUGAAGACAGGACUCCAGACUCAGGAGAGACACCUGUUCCUUUUCAGUGACGUCCUGCUCAUUGCCAAGGCAAAGUCGCCCACAAACUUCAAGCUGAAGGUACAGGUUCGUGUGUGUGAGAUGUGGACGGCUGGCUGUAUGGAGGUGGUUUGUGAGGGAAGCACAAGCCCAGAGAAGAGCUUCGUCAUGGGUUGGCCCACCUGCAACUGUGUGGCCACAUUCUGCACCGUGGAACAGAAAGAGAAAUGGCUCUCUCUUAUUAAAAGUCGAAUAAAAGAGGAAAAAGAGAAGGACAACCCAAAAACAAUUCCUCUCAAAGUGUAUGCAAAGGACACUGGGAAUUGUUCGCAUGCCAAGAUCCUCGCAGUCAGUAACUCAGACUGUGCUACUGAGGUCAUUCGUCUGGCACUUCAGCAGUUUGGGAUUUCGGGUUGUGCAAAGGACUACCAGCUGUGGGUCAGUUCCAAGAAAGACAACGCCCCCUACCCUCUCAUUGGACAUGAGUUUCCUUUCAGCAUCCAGAUGAGCCACAUCAGAGAGCCCUUGACCCACAUAGUUGUCAAAGAUACUGUUACCCCUCCAGACAACCAGGGGGAGCAGCUGAUUCAGCAGUUACAGUCAGACACCCAGUGCCAAUUCAUCCUUAAACCAAGUAAGGUGGUUGUGGACCAGCCUUUUGUAGAUCCACUCCAGAAACCUUUCAAGAGGAGACGCUCUCUCAUCAACUGGGCUUUCUGGCGUGGCUCCACCCCCCAGCUAAAUGAUCCGCCCCCACUGCUUUUCCUCCCCACCUCUGGACGGCUUUUUGGCUUGCCACUCAGUUCCCUGUGUAAGGACAACACCCUUCCCAAACCCAUUAUGGACAUGUUGGUUUUCCUGUAUCAAGAGGGGCCGUUCACCAGGGGUAUUUUCCGACGCUCUGCUGGAGCGAAAGCUUGCCGGGAACUCAGAGACAGAUUAGAUACAGGAGCUGAGGACAUUCAACUAACUCAUGAGUCCAUUUUUAUAAUUGCAGCUGUCUUCAAGGACUUCUUACGGAACAUUCCUGGUAGCUUGCUUUCAUCUGAACUCUACGAGCAAUGGAUGAAUGCAAUGGACUGGAACAGUGAAGCAAAAGAAAACCAGUUGGAUGCAAUUCAGAGACUAGUGGGUCGUCUUCCUCCAGAAAAUGCCCUAUUGUUGAAACAUGUGCUGGCAGUGCUGCACAACAUCCAGCUCCGAGCCCAUGACAACCAGAUGAACUCUUUCAACUUGGCUGUCUGCAUUGCACCCAGCAUGCUUUCUGCUCCCGCGCCCAGCAGCCCUGAGAUGGAGGGAGAAAGCACCAAGAAGAUCUGCGACUUGGUGCGACUAAUGAUUGAAAAAUGCCAGUCAGUGUUCGGAGAGGACGUCACCACAUUAUUUGAUGGUUUCCCUAAGAGGCGCAACGCAGAUGAACAUGGAUCUGAUAUAUCCUCCUAUCAGAUGACCGACUCAUCCUAUGACAGUCUGGAGAAUGAGCUAAAUGAUGAAUCAGGAUCACCCUUCCAGGCAGUCCAGCGGUCACGGGGGAAGCCUGACACCCGCAGCCGCGACUCCGUCAUCACUCUUAGUGACUGCGACCUUGACCAGCCCGAUACUGAUCCUGAAACUCGCUUGUCUACCGUCCUUCUCCUCCCUACUCUCACCCACCCCAUUAAAUCCAGCCCAGUUAUGCGCCCAUCCUCCCCUCGUCCCCGAUCCCCAUGUGAAUUCAUUCGCCCUUCUCAAGGAGUCCGUCGACUGAGACGCUGCUCCGAGCCCUCCAUUCGGAUAUCCACUUCAUCACUGACUAAAUUCCCAGAGCGCUGCACCGACCGUAAGGGUAGUUACGACGCAGCAGCUACCCGUGAUAGGAAAGAUGACAUCGAUGAGGUCUUUUCCAAGCAUUUGAAUACCUUACGGCUGGAGAAACAGACCGGCCUUGGUGAGAGAGGACGAGGUGACAGGAAUUCUGAUAUCACCCGGCAAGGAAGAGAUCUGCCAAAGCCAUCUCAGCUGCAUCUAGAUGCCAGCUGUUCAAGCUUAUAUUCUCCCACAGCUUCACCAACUCGCUCCUCCAUGAGUUCCCUGGACAGUGCUUUCUCACAGCAUUCUGCCGACUUUGCCAAAUCCCCUUGCAAUCCAGUUGGCAACCCAAGGGCAUCAGGGAAUGCGUCCCCUUGUUCACUUGGCCAAGUUUCCCCACAAGCUCCUGGUCCAAUGGUAUCUCCUAAGGAAUCUCCUCCUAAAGACACUUUUGACUGGAACCAGCUUAGGAGCAGCCAUGGACUACACCCAAACACCUGGCUUAAGAGAGAUCGCAGGCUCUCUUUGACAAAGGACAAAGUAGACAUUGAUGAUGACAAUAUCGGGUGUCCUUCUGACCCUGCCCUCCAGUCAGAAGUCUCCUCCAAGGUAAAUCAGAACAAGGAAAAAAGAAGCCAGGGACCCACUGAUCCUAUGCCUAGGAAAAGGUCUGUAAGCCCUCCUUCCUAUCAACAGGCCCUGCUUCUGAACCAGGCUCCAUACUACACUGCCUCAGAGAAGCCUUUAACAGUGAGGGAGCUGAGAGAGCUACACAACCAAGCCUGCUCCAUGCAUAAGGCCACUGGUGGAAGAAAGUAUAUCCAGAAGGGUAAAGGGGACAACAGUCAGCUUCCACAGUCGAUGUUCUUUGGCCAGAAAGCUCGAUGUUUGGCUCUGUACAGACAAAAAUCUCAUUCGGUCCUUACAGCUGUAGAAGGGACUGGUCAUCGUACCAUGGCCUUGCGUCGGGCAUCAGAACCUGGAGGGGCCUGCCUCGGUCUGGACAGGGAGACCACUCUAAGACUCGAGCGACUCCACAGGCAGGUUAUUGGAAAGGACACGGAGCUUCUGCAUAAUGAUGGACUCAAAGUAUCUGAUGUGGAUCCAGACACCAAGGGUACUGAGCCCAGGUUCUGCUUGUCUCCUGCUGCCACCAAGGCUGUCAGGGACUACUUCACUUGGCAUGCUGAUGAAGAUCCUCAGAGCACUUUAAAAAAGAGUCAGGAUGUCACAAUGGCUAUCAUUCAUGAUAAACACGAGUGGCUAAAAAGGUGCAGUGACCCAAGACUUGAGGACUUUGACCAACUGUUUUUUGCAGAAGAGUCCUAUGUAUAA